UUUCUUCUUCUUCCUCAAACCAGCUAACGUAUUGGGUUAGCCAAGAGCAAGAAAUUGGAAAAUUGGAUAGAUCGAGCGGUGGCUACCACGUACUCUGAGGCCUCAAGCUCCAAGAGCAUGGCCCGGAUUGCCCCGCUCCUGCUGGUGGCGCUGCUCUCCCUAGCCGUGCAGCUCCCGCCGUCCGCGGCUUGCCCAUCCUGCCCCAAACCAAAGCCUCCGCCGCCACCGCCGCGUAAGCUGACGCCUCCGCCGUCCGUGCCCUGCCCUCCGCCGCCACACUCUCCCAAGCCUACACCACCGCACACGCCUACCCCAAAGCCAACACCACCUCACACCCCAACCCCCAUGCCUACCCCGCCACACACGCCUACCCCCACGCCAACACCGCCUCACACGCCCAUGCCACCACACACUCCAACCCCGGCGCCAACACCGCCUCACACGCCCACGCCGCCGCACACCCCAACCCCCGCGCCAACACCGCCGCACACGCCAACCCCUAUGCCCACACCGCCGCACACGCCAACCCCUGUGCCCACACCGCCAUACACGCCAACGCCACCCUCCCCAAUCCCUCCUACACCAACCCCGGUAACCCCGCCAUCACCUGUUCCAUCCCCGACACCGUCACCGCCAUCAGGCAAGUGCCCAGUGGACACGCUGAAGCUACUGGGAUGUGUGGAUGCGCUCAACGGGUUGGUGCAUGCUGUGAUAGGUAGCAGUGCAAGCGACACUUGUUGCCCUCUACUGGCCGGCGUGUCCGGUGUUGACGCCGCACUCUGCCUCUGCACCACCAUCGAGCUCAAGGCGCUCAACAUCAACCUCGUGCUGCCGAUCGCCAUUCAGGUGCUUGUUAACCAGUGCGGCAAGACAGUGCCUAGCGAUUUCCAAUGCCCUAUGACGCCGCCAUCGCCUGUCACCCCACCACCGACCCCUGUUACUCCUUCGCCUACACCAAAAACGCCGCCAUCCCCUGUCACCCCACCACCGACCCCUGUUACUCCUUCUCCUACACCGAAAACGCCACCGUCGCCUGUCACCCCACCACCGACCCCUGUUACUCCUUCGCCUACACCGAAAACCCCGCCAUCUCCAUCACCGCCUGCAACACCGCCGACUCCUAUCACUCCUUCGCCUACACCACCAUCUCCUAUCACUCCACCACCGACUCCGGUUACUCCACCAUCACCGCCGAUGGGCAAAUGCCCAGUUGACACACUGAAGUUGCUAGGGUGUGUGGACGCACUCAAUGGACUGGUGCACACGGUGAUCGGCAGCAGUGCCAGCGACACAUGUUGCCCACUCUUGUCCGGUGUGGCCGGCCUCGACGCCGCGCUCUGCCUCUGCACCACCAUCGAGCUCAAGGCGCUCAACAUCAACCUCGUGCUGCCAAUUGCCAUCCAAGUGCUCGUGAACCAAUGCGGCAAGACAGUGCCCAGCGACUUCCAAUGCCCUGCGACUCCACCAUCGCCGACACCGGUGAUGCCGCCAUCCCCACCAGUAAUGCCGCCCACCCCUGUUACACCGGUUACUCCGCCAUCGCCGACACCAAUUACACCACCUAUUACACCGGUUACUCCGCCAUCGCCGACACCAAUUACACCACCAACGCCACCAUCCCCUGUGGCCCCGGCCCCAGUCCCAGCGACGCCACCGCCAUCGUCAUCAACGGGCAAGUGCCCCAUCGACACGCUGAAACUGUUGGGGUGCGUGGACGCACUCAACGGGCUGGUGCACGCACUAAUCGGCAGCAGUGCCAGCGACAAAUGUUGCCCGCUGUUAUCCGGUGUGGCUGACCUCGACGCAGCCCUAUGCCUCUGCACCACCAUCAAGCUCAAGGCGCUCAACAUCAACCUCGUGCUGCCCAUCGCCAUCGAGGUGCUCGUCAACCAAUGUGGCAAGACAGUGCCCGACGACUUCCAGUGCCCUAGUUAAGCUCCAUCAAGUACUAUAGUGCUAUGAGUAUCACCUGCAUCUGCAUGCAAUACAGCCAUUAAAUCUCUUGGGAGUCACUUAUGUAAUAAUAUCUACAUGCAUGUGCAGCUCUAACUACUUGUGAUGUGGAGCUGUGGAACAUGCAUGCAUUUUGUUAGUGUAAUUGUCUAUCAAAUAGUAACCGUGUAACGUUUUAUCAA